CUCUGGUUUUCUUACCUGAGCAACUGAGGUGAACAGUAGACAGCCUUCAAUUUGAUUGAACAGUCAACUUCAAUUCUUUCUAGCUACACAGCAAAAGAAGUCUAUUCAACUGAUCACAUACUAAAAACCUGCUCUGCCCUGAAGUUAAUCACUAUCAUCAAAAUGUUUUGUGGAGACUAUGUGCAGGGAACCAUUGUCCCAGCUACCAAUUUCAACCCCAUGAUGGAUGCCCAAAUGCUGGGGGGAGCGCUCCAGGGAUUUGGCUGUGACAAGGACCUGCUGAUCGACAUCCUGACCCAGCGCUGCAACGCCCAGAGGCUAGUGAUCGCUGAGACCUACCAGGGUGCCUUCUGCCGGGACCUGGUCAGUGACCUGAAGGAGAAGCUUUCAGAUCACUUCAAAGAUGUCAUGGUUGGCCUCAUGUACCCGCCGCCUUCGUACGACGCUCACGAGCUCUGGCACGCCAUGAAGGGAGCAGGCACUGAUGAGAACUGCCUCAUUGAUAUAUUAGCUUCAAGAACAAACGGAGAAAUUUUCCAGAUGCGAGAAGCUUACUAUUUGCAAUACAGCCGUGAUCUUCAAGAGGACAUUUACGCAGAGACCUCAGGGCACUUCAGAGACAUGCUUGUGAACUUGGUCCAGGGAACCAGAGAGGAAGGAUACACAGACCCUGCCAUGGCCGCCCAGGAUGCGAUGGUGCUGUGGGAGGCCUGCCAGCAGAGGACAGGAGAGCAUAAAACACUUUUACAAAUGAUCCUGUGCAACAAGAGCUACCAGCAGCUCUGGCUGGUUUUCCAGGAAUUUCAAAAUAUUUCUGGGCAAGACAUAGUAGAUGCCAUUAAUGAGUGUUAUGAUGGAUACUUUCAAGAGCUGCUGGUGGCAGUUGUUCUCUGUGUUCGUGACAAACCAGCCUAUUUUGCUUAUAGAUUAUAUAGUGCAAUCCAUGACUUUGGUUUCCAUAAUAGAACCGUGAUCAGGAUUCUAAUAGCCAGAAGUGAAAUAGACCUGAUGACCAUAAGGAAACGGUACAAAGAGCGAUAUGGGAAGUCCCUCUUUCAUGACAUCAGAAACUUCGCUUCAGGGCAUUAUGAGAAAGCCCUGCUUGCCAUCUGUGCUGGUGAUACAGACGAAUACUAAAU